ACAUGUAUUGUACGUGAUGAUGAGGAGGAUGGUAAUGGCAUUUGGCUUUGAAAGAUGCAAACUCUUUGGAUGAACCUUCUACCGUAGCUCAUCUUUGACAACAAUCGAAUGCCAAGGUCUUGGACUAUCUUCUUCUCUUCUCUACAUCGUUAAAUGGUGGAUUGCGGCCGCUUUCCAUCUCUGCGUCCCUCAUUUUAAUACUUUUGAUCUAGGUCGGUGUAUAUUAUCAUCAGUGAAGCAAGAUGGCGUUAAUGAAUAAAUGUUUUUGUUGUGGAUUAAGGAGUGGAUCCAUUAUGAGUGCAAUUUAUUGUAUGAUCUUUUCUGGAAUUUCGGUGGCACUUGCGGCGUACUACGUCUUCAAGCAUGGAACCCUUAGUUCUGGCGAAACAAGUGUCUUCGUCAUCAACGCCCUCGAAAUCAUUUUCUUCAUCACUAUCCUUAUCGUCUCAAUCCUCCUACUCUGCGCUAUUUUUCGGGAAGCACCUAAAUUCUUCAUCCCUUUCAUCAUAGUGAUGUUUAUCUUCGUCAUCAUACAAACCAUCAGUCUCAUCAUCAUCAUUGUUAAUCUGGCGAUGAAUGGUUUCGAUGGAAUGGACUUCUUUUUCAUCCUGUACAACAUCUUGUGUUUGGUCAUUAAUAUCCUGUGCGUAGUUUGUGUGACGUCAUACUAUCAGGUGUCACGUGACAGCGUCGAUGCCGCCGCUCCUGCCGCCAAUUACGCAUAGACCUCACCAUCAUAGACUCGGUCCUCUUCUUUAUUUUCAUUGAAAUGUCUUUUUGUUGAAGUCGAUGAAGCCAUGAGCAGUGAUAAAUUUUGAUCCCGGUGAAGUGAUCCCCGCACCUCCCCACUCAAAACUUAAAAUAAGAUUUUUCAAACAUCAGGUGACAUGAUGGUAUGAAACUAAAGUUGUUAAAGAUACUGUCAGGGACGUAGGCCUAUAUUAUAAUGUAGCGCCAAAGGGACAAUAUAACAUUCAUAAGGGUUUCUGUCGUAGUCGAGAGAAGAGAUUGGAAAUAGGGAGAGAGAGAGAGAGAGAGAGAGAGAGAGAGAGAGAGA